AUGAAAAUAAGUCAAUGCUGUCGUCAUUAUGAUAAAAGAGUACUCAAAGUCAAGCGGAAAAAGAGAGUGUACAUCACUUUACCCCACAAAUGCAAUUGUAAGUACUGCCCAGUUGGAAAACCGAAAGGAAUACUAAAAAAGAGGAAGUCAGUGACAUUCAAAAAGUCUUGUUCUGGGGCAUACAAACAACUAAAGAGGAUGGCGCCAGAAAAAAGAAAAAGAGGAAGUGUCGUUUGUAGUUGGGAAUGUAUGGUACAGAAUGAUCGCAGACGAAAAAGGAAAAGAAAAAAAACCGUCCCUCAGGGUCAGUAA